GCGAUAAUUCACUGACGAUUAUCCAAGAGGCACUGCUAUGAUUUUAAAAAUCUUGGUAUAAUACCUUGCAAUUCAGGUGACGGACAGGAUUCCGGACUAACGGUCAGAGGUAAUGUCUACCCGGUGAUCAUACCCAGGACUAUGUAUGAACAGUGUCUCCCUAACAAUUCCCUGGACCUCGCGAUUUCCUCUGUAGCUACACAUUAUUUGUCUAAACAGGUUUGUCAAAUCAAAAAUGGAAUAUCCAUUGAUAAGUCAGAUGCCAUUGAACUCCGAUUGAUGAAAGAACAGGCAAAAGAUGAUUGGAGGUCUUUUGUGAUUUCAAGGGGACGGGAACUAAAACCUGGUGGAUUUCUCAUCACGAUGAACAUAUCUUCAGACGGUAAUGGCGAUAAAUCGAUGACUGUAGAAAAGGGACUCCUCAGCCUGGGGAGAUUCGUGUCCGAUAUGGCAACGGAAUGUGUUAUUACGCAAGAAGAGUACGUUGCAACUAACUUCAAUAGCGACUAUCUGAGAACGCCCGCUGAAUUCAAGGAACCGUUCACCAGUGCACUACCGGAAGUAAGGGAACUUGGAAUGGAACUUGUGUCUGUGAAAUUAAUUAAACACUAUCUGCAUCACCCAACGUUUGAUAUUGUCAACAAAGACAAGACAGAAAAACUGGAAUAUUCCCGCAGAAUAGUCGCAUCGGUCUACCCGUGGAUGCAACACGUACUUUACGAGGGGUUGUCUGUUUCCCGAACGGAGGAUGAGAAACAAGCCAUCAUCGAUCAGUACUUUGACAGAUUACGGACGUACGCGUUUGAUCAUUCAGACCAUAAACCGUACCUGGUCUUCACAGAGGUUGUCAUAAAGAAAAAUCAUAUAUAAUUUGGUAAACACUGUAGAUUUUCGAUUCAACAGUUCAAGUAGUGAGCAAAAGGCAGUAAGGACGAAACAAUCCCAAAUACAGUUUGUCGAUACCGAAAAAACAU